CGUCUCCUCAGUUUUGUUUUUGUUUUUGUUCUUGUUUUUUUUGGAAGCACUCCUCGUCUAACUUGUGCCGCUACUGCGGCUGCAGGAGCAGCAACGGGUGCAUUCUCUUCCUCUCAGGCCGGUGACGGUGAGACAUGCUGCUGCGCAAGCCUCCGUCGCUCCACCAGGCGAGCCCAGGGUUAGGGAUGAGGACAAGCUUGAGCCCCCAUGCCGGAAUGCGUGGUCCAUCACAAGGUCAAGGUGACUUCACCCCGCUGUCCCAGUUAACCCUCGGAUACCACGGUCGGAGCUGCAGAGUCCUGGUGCGCGUCUCCAGGAUUUGGGUGGCCUCCAAUCCAAUUACUGGCGAGGUAUACGGUCUCCACUGCCUCCUGAUCGACGGCGAGGGUGUAGUUAUGCAAGCGUGUGCGCGUCCCUGGGACAUGGAGCGACUCAAACACCAGCUAGUUGAAGGGAAGGUCUACGCCUUGUCGAAUUUCGGAGUACGCGAAAAAUUGGACAAGUACAUGGCCUGUAGCAAUGGUUUAGUAAUUAGCAUGGGAGCACAGACAGUGGUGAAUGAGAUAACCGACCAUGCCGGUUCUUCGAUACCUCUCCAUAGCUUUGAGUUUGUUGAUUUUGGUGAUCUUCCAUCUAGGAACAAUGACAGGAGCUUGUUUACAGAUGUCAUUGGCCAGAUAGUUUCCAUUGAAGAUGAGGGGUGGACUUGGAAGUGGGGUGCUUGGCGUAACAUAUCUUUUCGCAACAUACAUCUGCGUGAUUUGGGGGGAAAGCAAUUGAAUGUCACUCUUUUUGGAGAUUUGGGUAGCAAUUUCGACGCAGAGCAGGUUUUCAAGCAAGGCCAAAAAGUCCCAGUUGUUGCUAUUUUUGCAGGGAUGCUUGUUGAGCAUUACAAAGAAAUAGGCUUUAUAGUUCGCUCAACAUCUGCUUCAAAAUACUACCUGGAUUUGGAUGUAGAGGAGGUGCAAAAGUUCCGCGCAAGCUUGGAUGGUCCAUAUAAACCGAUUGAUCGCCUCCCAUGUCGGCUUCAAAAACCUUUAAAUCCAACUGAGUUAAUUGAUAGCUGGCGAACAAUAAAGCAGCUGAGAAACCUCAAUUCAGAUGAAUUACAGCGCACCUGGUUGUGCAGAGCCACCUUGAAAGGCAUAGACUCCAAUAAAGGUUGGUCAUACCAGUCAUGCUUUCACUGCCAUCACUCGGUUAGUUGGGAUGGAAGCAAAUUCUUGUGCAACUAUGGUUGUCCAAAUAACAAGUUAUCUGUUAGGUACAAGCUGGAUGCAGUGAUUAAAGACGAGACAGACUCUAUGAAUGUCAUGAUAUUUGAUGGUCCAGCACAAAAGCUUGUAGGUGUUCCAGCAGAGGAGCUCAAUGGAGAGGUCACAGGUGAUGACAUCUCAGCUGUCAUCAGUUCGCAACACAGACGUGCCUUCGUUAUGACAUCUUCAGCUGUCAUUAAGUUUUUAUGCCGCACCGAAGGUGGCUGUUCCGGCUCCGUGCCACCGAAGAAGCAUUUGGGCUUAGUAGUCCCAUCCACUCAAUGUAGCCAUGUAUGAACUGGAAGGCAAUAUAUGUAAUUUUCAUCGAAAUAUAAGUUGUAUAUAUGCCAAACUGCCACUAGACUGGAUGUCUGGAUGCCUUAGGUUUCAGUAGACUUUGUGAUUGUGGUCUUGUGGACAUGUGAAUAUGUGACUCUGACUGUGGUCUCUGUGAUGUGUAUCUGUGACUGUUUGUGGUUUCA